UUUAUAUACAUAAACCAGUGGAGUUCCUUGACUUCAUUGGGAGUGAUUUUUCUGUGUACGGAAGGCUUCAAUGAGUUGUUGAAGAUGAAGAUAACUGCUAAAACCUGCAUUUUAGUGCUUCAACUUCUAUGCAUUUUGUUUUAUUCAGGGAAUGGGAUCCAUGCUUUGUCUUACGACUACUCUGCCACAACAGAGUGCCUGGCGGAGCCCUGGAGACCGCAUUAUGGUGGGGGACUGAUUGUUAAUCCAGAAUUUAAUAAUGGGAUUGAAGGUUGGACCGUGUUUGGACAAGGAGCGAUAAGACAAGGAAUAUCAAAAGAUGGCAAUAAGUAUAUUGCGGCACACAGUAGAACACAGUCCCUUGACAGUUUCUCCCAGAAGGUUCAACUUGAGAAAGGACUAUUUUAUAGUUUUUCUGCUUGGGUUCAAGUCAGUGAAGGAAAUGAGACUGUUCUGGCUGUAUUUAAGACUUCUGAUGGCAAACUGAUACCUGGGGGUAAAGUUAUAGCCAAGCAUGGCUGCUGGUCUUUGCUCAAAGGUGGCCUACUUCCCAAUUUCACAAGCGUUAUGGAGAUUUUUCUUAAGAGCAAGAAUACGAAAGUGGAAAUAUGGGCUGAUAACAUCUCAUUACAGCCCUUCACUAAGCAGCAAUGGAGAUCCCACCAAGAAAAAAGCAUUGAAAAGGUGCGCAAGCGCAAGGUGAAGUUCCAAUUAAAGCAUGCAAAUAAAACUGCAUUGGACGCUGCUAUAGUUUCCAUCAAACAAACCAAUUCCGGCUUCCCUUUUGGAUGCGGCAUGAAUCAGAAAAUCCUCACAAGCACAGAUUACCAGAACUGGUUUGCCUCAAGAUUCAAGUUCACUACUUUCACAAAUGCAAUGAAAUGGUAUAGCACAGAGGGAAAACAAGGACAAGAAAACUAUACUAUUGCUGAUGCCAUGGUGAAAUUCGCCAAACAGAAUGGCAUUUCUAUAAGAGGUCACAACAUAUUGUGGGAUGACCCCAAGUAUCAGCCUGACUGGGUUAAGACUCUUUCUCCCAAGGAGUUGCGAAAAGCAGCGGCGAAAAGAAUAAAUUCAGUGGUUACAAGAUAUGCAGGACAAUUAAUUGCUUGGGAUGUAGUAAAUGAGAAUCUGCAUUUCAGGUUCUUCGAAGAUAAACUUGGCGAAAAUGCUUCGGCAGAAUUCUAUAAGAAGGCGUACCAGCUUGAUCCGAAGACAACCAUGUUCAUGAAUGAGUAUAACACCACUGAGUGUGCUGAAGAUGAGCCACCAAAUGCAAUCAACUACAAGAAGAAACUUGAGGAAAUUCGGUCAUUUCCUGGAAAUGCUGAUAUGCUAUUAGGAAUUGGAGUGCAAGGCCGUUUUGAUGGUGAUAAUCCGCCAGACCUUGCUUAUAUGAGAUCUUCGUUAGACAUUCUGGCUUCGACACGAUUGCCUAUAUGGUACACUGAAGUUAGUGUGGGAAAUGGCACAAAUCAGUCACAAUACUUGGAGGAGGUUCUGAGGGAGGCUUACUCUUAUCCUGCAGUUGAAGGGAUUAUCACAUUUGCAGGGCCAGAAAGUGCUGGUUUUAAGGAAAUGCCUCUAGUAGACAUAGACUUCAGGAAUACUCUAGCUGGAGAUGUUGUGGACAAAUUGCUUGCAGAAUGGAAAUGUGAGACACUUGAAACUAUUUCAGAUAGUGGAGGAUCCUUUGAAAUUUCUUUGUUUCAUGGAGAUUAUAAUGUAACUGUCCAACACCCGGUUUCAAACUCUUCCACUUCUAUCCAUUUCAAGGUGACAAAAGACCUUCCUCCAGGAAUAGUUCAUGUUCAGGUAGAUGCCAGAUUCUGAAUCGCCCUGAUGCAGAAUAUAGUUAAGUAUGUCAAUGAUAUGGCCAUCUUAUCUUAUAAUGGAAAGGUAAAGCAAUAUUCUCAAGAAUACUGCAACAAUAAAUAAUUGUCAAACUUUGGAAAGCAUUAGAAAUACAAAUAUUGCCUAUAUUCUGUGCACUUGAAUA